AUGUUUACUGGAUUUUUUGUCUAUUUUUCGGUCUUAUUUUCCGGCUCUCUCUCUUUCUCUUUCUCACUCUCUUUAUGUUUUUGUAUUGGUUUCUGCCAUAUUCUCUUUCUUUCUUUCUUUCUUUCUUUCUUUCUUUCUUUCUUUCUUUCUUUUAUAAUGUCUACUAGAUUUUUUGUCAAUUUUCGGAUUUCUUUUCCGUUUUUAUUUCUUGCUCACUUUCUGUUUAAUGCUUUUGUAAUGGAUUCUGCCAUAUCCACUUUUCUUUCUUUCUUUCUUUCUUUCUUUCUUUCUUUCUUUCUUUCUUUCUUUCUUUCUUUCUCUAAUAGAUUUACAACGAAACCCUUUGUCUAUCAUGCUCUCACCGAUAUAUCUAUCUAUCUAUCUAUCUAUCUAUCUAUCUAUCUUAGUUUGUUUCUAUCUAUCUAUCUAUCUAUCUAUCUAUCUAUCUAUCUAUCUAUCUAUCUAUCUAUCUUAGUUUGUUUCUAUAUAUCUAUCUAUCUUAGUUUGUUUCUAUCUAUCUAUCUAGCUGAUGUGAACAAGAAAAAAUUAAGUUACGUUUGUUGCUGCUUCGUUGCUGUUCCUCUUUUCCGGUGCCGAUCUUUCUUCAAUGUUUAG